GAGGAGGAACCUCUGAGAGCUCUGCUGGGCCAGGGAAAGAUAGGACCCCGAAGGGAGCUCAAGGCAGACCCCAGUCAUGGCCAGACUCCUCAACUCAAUGCUUGACUCCCCAGUAGGGGAAACGAUCGCUCGUCCGAUGGAUGCCUCAGAGGCAGGUGGGGCUGAAGGGGAUCCAAGAGAAGAGGGAGGUCGUGCCCCGGUGCCAAGCACCCGACGGCGGAAGCGUACAACAUUUAGCCGUGGGCAGCUGCUAGAGCUAGAGAGGGUGUUUGCAGCCCGGCCUUACCCAGACAUUGGGACCAGAGAGCGCUUGGCACGGCUCACCCGGCUUCCUGAGGCCAAAAUCCAGGUUUGGUUUCAGAACCGUCGGGCCCGGAGAAUUAAGGGCAGGAAGCCAGAAGGGCUGAGCUCCUGGACUGAGGAUCCCCCGGGAACUCUCCCUCCGGCCAAUAACCCUCUGCAUUCCCAGGACCCUGAGAGCCGGGGACACUCCUCACCACAUGACAGGGACCCCAGCUCGGGUCGGCUGACCUUCGGUCCGGCUCUUGGCCUGGCCCCAGGGCACAGUGGUGUGAGGGUCAAGGUAUUGGGCCCUGGGGGGGCAGGCCCACCUGGGGGGGUGUCCAAGCCUCCAGGGCCACUCCCCCGAUGGGAACGCGGUGCCACCCAGACCUCUCUGGGCAGCCUCUCUGACCUUAUCUAUAAUGCAGCCACUGUCACUAACUUGGAUGAUGCCUAAUGUGGAACCCGGGCAUCUUUCCUCUUCUCUCGUGCUAGGAUGAACUCUUUUUUCCUUGACCCUGUGGAAACCCUCCACAUCAUCGGUAGCCAGUUCCCUGCUCAGCCCCCUUCCCUAUAUAAGACUUAAGUGAGGGGGAAGUCUGGCUUAGGUUUCUUUCCUCCUUUCCCUAUCACCCCCAAGACCCAGUAAGGAGAGCUGGGCUGAGUAUACAUGGGGGAAGUUCAGGGGCAGGGAAUCAGCUAAAGAUGCAGGCAUAGAUGGGUCUUAAGGAUGGCACAUUCUUUUGUGAACGGGCCAGGCCUCUCCCCAGGAGGCCAGCCUUCUCCAUGCAUUGUCCACCACCUGGGAGCACAGACCUCAGUGACACCAUGCUCCAUCACAAUCACCCAGGGAUCUAGUACAACCCCAUACAUCCAAGGAACCCUGCUAUCACAUACAACAGGCCCUGAUGGAGACCACAUACCUAUGGCCCCCUGCGGCAGGACAACUGUGGGUGAGAGAUUCCUUUGGGAAGGAUUGGGUGAUCGGGUGGUCAUUGUGGAUGACACAUCCAUUCCCGAGCUCCUCAACUCUCCAGCUGAGCCUUCUGCCCCCAUUCACUGAAGGCAGAUGUCCAUUUCUCUCUCACCCCCUCCCCGACAUCACUUAAUUAAAAUCCAAAUGUAAGCAGAGAGAGCUGGGCAAUUAGAAUGCUCUUCCCAUCUCUCCACUUUCUGGCUGGUGGUGACAACAGCUGGCCCAGGGAUACUGUGGUCCAGUUCACAGAGGGUUAACCUCCCCCUCCUUCAUCCCCAACCCUCUCCCCCUCACUGCACAAAUUAAUCUGGACCAUGGCACCUCUGUGACCAGAGGGAGAAAUAUCAUUUUUUUCUGCAGAGGGAAUAUUAUUAAAGUAAUAAAGAGAAAUCCAGGGCCCUGAGCUUAUCUGGAUUUGAAUUAGAAGUGCUCUGACCCAAGGCUCCCAGGCCCACCUGACACCAGCCAGAGGAGCCUGCACAUGAAGGGGUAUGGGAAGGGGAGGGUGGUGUGCAUCAGACCAUCCAUCAUCUGUAAUACCAACUA